AUGACUCAAACUCACGCCACCGACUACAAGGGAAAGGAAGUACCUGAAAGGCGAGGAUGCAUUCUUGACUCCGUCCUCGACGCCAUCGGGUGCACUCCCUGCAUCCGGCUAAAUCGUCUGCCACAGAAGCACGGACUGGUCUGCGAAGUGGUUGCAAAAUGUGAGUUCUUCAACCCGGGUGGCAGCGUCAAGGAUCGCAUUGCUCGCCAAAUGGUAUUGGAUGCUGAAGCAAGUGGCCGGCUGCGCCCCAACAGCUCCCUUGUCGAGCCUACAAGCGGAAACACGGGCAUCGGACUUAGCAUGGUGGCGGCGGUUAAGGGAUAUCACAUGGUCAUCACCAUGCCAAAAAAGAUGUCGCACGAAAAAGAGGUGGUUCUUUGCGCACUGGGAGCAGAAGUGAUUCGAACAGAGACGGCACUGCCCUGGGACCACCCAGAGAGUCUCAUUGGCGUGGCGCGACGUCUGGAGGAGGAGAAAGGCUACGUGUUGCUGGAUCAGUACAAAAAUCCAUCAAAUCCGAAAGCGCACUACGAAGGCACGGCGCAAGAGAUUUAUGACCAGUGCGGUGGGAAGGUCGACAUGGUGGUUAUCAGUGCCGGGACGGGCGGUACCAUGGCUGGGGUGGCAAAGCGCUUGAAGGAACUGCUGCCCAACGUUAUUGUGGUCGCCGUCGACCCGUACGGGAGCAUUUUGGCUGAUCCCUCCGCCCCGGCGUCGCCAACGCCGUACCUCGUUGAAGGUAUCGGGUACGACUUUGUGCCAAGUGUCUGUGAACGACAGUACGUUGACCGCUGGGUGAAGUCCGCUGACAAGGAGAGCUUUGAGCUGGCGUCGGAACUGCACCGCGAUGAGGCCCUCCUCGUCGGUGGAAGCAGCGGUGCCGCUAUGUGGGGAGUUCUUCAGGCCGCGAAGGAGCUGCGUCCCGACCAGCGCUGCGUGGUGGUGUUCCCCGACGGCAUCCGCAACUACAUGACUAAGUUUCCGGACAAGAAUUGGAUGAUUGAGCAUUGUCUGCAGGAGGGCGAGGUGACACGCCCAACAUAUGACUCGCUUCAGGCUCAGCUGGAAGCGGCAAAGAAGAAGCUGUCUAAGUACGAGGCGAAAUACGGCUGUAACGUAUAG